AGCUCCUGCAGGUGAAUCAGCCGUCUAUUGUUCUGUCUCUGCCUGCGUUUUGUCUUCAAGUUUGCUCUGCCGCGCGCGCCCAGAUCAGGGUGGAGAGGAGAUGGAGCGGUGGUGGUUCCCGGCAAUGCUUGUGGUGGCUCUGAUGCUUCCGGCGGCUGCCAAGGGGUUGGCCCGCCACUACAAGUUCAGUGUGGUGAUGAAGAACACGACGAAGCUGUGUGCGAGCAAGCCCAUCGUGACAGUCAACGGCAAGUUCCCCGGGCCGACUCUUUACGCCAGAGAGGACGACACCGUCCUCGUCCAGGUCGUCAACCACGUUUCCUACAACGUCACCAUUCACUGGCAUGGGGUGAGGCAGUUAAGGACGUGCUGGUCCGACGGACCGGCAUACAUCACACAGUGCCCAAUUCGGCCGGGACAAAGCUAUGUCUACAACUUCACACUUACAGGCCAGAGAGGCACAUUGCUCUGGCAUGCGCACAUCACUUGGCUCAGGUCGACCCUUCACGGCGCCAUCGUCAUCUUGCCCAAGCGAGGAGUCCCGUACCCUUUCCCAAAGCCUUCCAAGGAAAAGAUCAUCAUUUUAGGUGAAUGGUGGAAAGCCGAUACCGAGCUCGUGAUCAGCCAGUCUGUACAAUCAGGCCUGCCACCAAAUAUAUCAGAUGCGCACACCAUCAAUGGACAUCCGGGGCCUUUCCCCAGUUGCUCUUCUCAGGGCUAUACACUCCAUGUGGAAAGUGGCAAGACCUAUCUCCUGCGGAUCGUAAACGCCGCUGUGAACGACGAGCUUUUCUUCAAGAUCGCGGGGCACAACUUGACCGUGGUUGAAGUCGAUGCUUCCUACACCAAACCCUUCAGCAUCGACACGAUAUUUAUCGCCCCGGGACAGACCACCAACGUCCUCCUAGCUGCCCACCAGAGCGGCGGAACCUACCUUAUGGCCAUCUCUCCCUUCAUGGACACCAUUGUUGGAGUCGACAAUUUGACUGCGACUGGCAUUAUGCAAUACUCUGGCACCCACGUCUCUACUGCUACGGUUCGAGCCAGCAUUCCUGCCAUCAAUGCCACCUCGGUCGAAUUCAGCUUCAUCAACUCGCUUCAGAGCCUCAAUUCGAAGCGAUACCCCGCGAACGUCCCAUUGGCCAUCGAUCAUUCCCUUCUCUUCACAAUGAGUGUCGGAGUGAACCCGUGUUCCACAUGUGUCAACGGGAGCAAGCUAGUUGCAGCAUUGAACAAUGUGAGUUUCGUGAUGCCAAGCACCGACAUCCUCGAAGCACAUUACCACAAGAUAAGAGGGGUUUACACCGACAAUUUCCCCGGAAACCCCCCGAUGACGUUCAAUUACACAGGGACGCCGCCAAGUAACAUGCAAACGAUGAACGGGACGCGAGUUUACAAGCUCGCAUACAACUCCACAGUUCAGAUCGUUCUUCAGGGCACUUCUAUAAUUGCACCAGAGAACCACCCUACUCAUUUGCAUGGCUUCAACUUUUUCGCCGUCGGGAAAGGCUUGGGGAAUUACGACCCGAACAAGGACCCCAAGAACUUCAAUCUGGUCGACCCGGUCGAGAGGAACACGAUCGGAGUGCCUACCGGCGGAUGGACCGCGAUCAGAUUCAGAGCAGAUAAUCCAGGUGUUUGGUUUCUGCACUGCCAUUUGGAAGUGCACACAACAUGGGGACUGAAGAUGGUGUUCAUAGUGGAAGAUGGUGAUGGCCCAAGCGAAUCCCUUUUGCCUCCUCCUAGUGACCUUCCAAAAUGUUAGGA